AUGCUGCGCGCCUUGGUGGCGGUGUCCCUGUGGCUGCGGGUGAGCCCGCGGGCGCAGGGCGCGCCGUGCGAGGCGGUGCGCAUCCCCAUGUGCCGCUCCAUGCCCUGGAAUAUCACCCGCAUGCCCAACCACCUCCACCACAGCACCCAAGAAAACGCCGUCCUCGCUAUCGAACAGUUCGAGGAGCUGGUGGCCACCGGCUGCAGCCCGGUCCUGUCCUUCUUCCUCUGCGCCAUGUACGCCCCCAUCUGCACCCUGGAGUUCCUCUACGACCCCAUCAAGCCGUGCCGCUCCGUCUGCCAGCGCGCCCGCGACGGCUGCGAGCCCAUCAUGCGCCGAUACAACCACAGCUGGCCCGAGAGCCUGGCUUGCGACGACCUCCCCGUCUACGACCGCGGCGUCUGCAUCUCCCCAGAGGCCAUCGUCACCGACGUGCCGGAGGAUGUGAAGUGGACGGACUUCACACAGGGCUUUAUGGUGCCGGACAGACCCCUGGAGCCUGACUGCAGGAGCCGUGGCCAGGAGCGGUGCAGGUGCAAAAAGACAAAGCCUACGCUGUCAACCUACUUGGCCAAGAACUACAGCUACAUCAUUCACGCUAAAGUAAAAAGCAUAGAAAGAGGGAACUGCAAUGAGAUAACCACUGUGGUUGAAGUCAAAGACAUUCUCAAGUCUUCAACGCCAAUUCCUCUGUCCCAAGUGCCUCUUCUUACAAAUUCCUCCUGCCAGUGCCCACCUCUUCAACCAAAGCAGGAUGUUCUCAUUAUGUGCUAUGAGUGGCGCUCAAGGUUGAUGCUUCUUGAUGGAUGUCUAGUUGAAAAAUGGAAGGACCAACUAAACAGAAGAUUUAAGAGGUGGGAACAGAGGCUGCAAGAACAAAAGCGGCGAACUGCGCGCAGUAAGAGCCAGAAUUCGGGACGCAGUGGUCAGAGUGGAGCCCUGAAACCACAAACCAAGAACACCAACCCACUGAUCAGUGGCCCCAAAAAGCCCAUUAAAACAAGAAAUGGCCAGAAAGAAAUCAACCCCAAAAAAGUAUGA